GGGUCUCACACUCACUUUCAGUUCGAGUUUUGUCGUGGACGGAGCAUUAAGAAUCCCAGUUUUGUGUCGCUUUAAGUUUUCGAGAAUUUCUGCAGUUACUUUUUGAUUGGCACCAACCAGAACGACCAUGUCCCUGGAACCCAAGAAGGAGAUUCCCCUUACCGGAAUGGAUGAAAAUGAAGUGUCCCCAAAACCGGAGGAGAACCAGAAUACGGUUCCGAUAAAUGAUAUCAUGCCGCAGAAUGAAACUGAUAAUGCUCCCAUGGAGGAAAACGCCCAGAAAUCGGAGGAGGCUCCAAGUACUAUGCCACAGAGUGAAACUAUUGAUGCUGCCUGGGAGGAAAUGGUCCAGAAAUUGGAGCAGGAGCCGAAUCCUAUUCCAACAACUGAAACUAAUGAUGCUUCCAUGGAGGAAAUCCCCCAGAAGUCAGCGGAAAUUCCCCAGCAAUCGGAGAAGACUCUGACUGAAGGAAAGGGUACUGGCACAGCCAAGCCGGAAGAGCAGGAGGCCCCUACCUCGUUGGUCAUGGUGGAGCAGCCGAACACCAUCAUCGAGCUGGUUGAUCUCUAUGUGCCACCUGUUUCGCUGGUCCCCAGCAAGGUGAUCUUCAUGAACAACGACGCAUCGCGUCCGUUCUUCUCGCCAGCAGUGCCCCAGGCUCUGACCAACAACAACCCCACUUUGCUGUACACCGAACCAACCGGCACCUCCGCGGAGAACCCAUCCUGCUCCUCGUCCGGGGCUGGCGAAUCCGACAAGCCAACGAAGGGCGGUCGUAGGCGUGGCCGGAAGCCUGCAACGCCGAAGCCCCGUCCCACCAAGCGUCGUCGUCGCGCGCAGUCGCCACCGCCAUUGCCCCCGCCCCCAAACUUCCUGGAGAACUGCAUUAAUCCGCUGGAGAAUGAGAUCUAUCCCAAGGUCAUCGUGCAGCCGGCUCACCAGCCGUGGGUGCUGCCCAGGGAUCUCAAUGGCGGGGAUCCGCCGAAGGUGGAAGUUCAGCCGCCCGUGGCCGUCCCGGUCAGCGGUGAGGUGGCCGUCCCGGUCAGCGGUGAGGUGGCCACCUCGACCACCCAGUCGCAGCCAGCGGUCAGCGAGGUCCAGCUGCACCAGAAGCUCCAGCUCUUCGGUCCGGAUGUGCAGCUGUCGCAGCUGCAGGGUCAUGACCCCGCGCGCUACAAGGCCGUGCGUCAGGAGGCCAAUGGCGACCAGAGCCAGCUGGUUUUCACCGCCCAGCAACUGGUCUCGUUCAGCCAAAGCCACGGCAAGUUCAUAGAGAUGGUCUCGGCCCAGGGGCACCUUCCCACGCCCACGCCGGCCAUGAUUUCGCACUACUUCCCCGGGCCCGGGGGUCAACUGGUGGCCAGUCAGUACUUUGCCAGUCAGCAAAAUGUUUACAAGGCUCCCGAUCCGAUCUUCAAGGUGCCAACAAAGAGAGCUCCGAGGGUCCCAGCCGCCGUCGCCUUGCGCUCCUUAAAUGCCACAUAUCUGCGUGGCGGUCCCGGUUCUUCAAAUGACUUCCGUAAGGCAGCUGCCUCGAAUGCCCCGAAUGCCCCAGCUGCCCCAACUGCCCCAGCUGCCCCAACUGCCCCAACUGCCCCACACAAGGCCCAGGAGAAGCUGCGCAAUACUCUGCAGGUCCAGCGGGCCAAGAAAGCAGCCGAGGAGCAGUCAAAAUUGGCCCAGUCAGACCAGGACAAGGAAAAUAAGGAGGAGGGCAAGAAUAAUCAAGGAUAA